AUGGAGAAGAGACUGUUGUCCCAGCAAGCGAAGAGGUUCAACCUCCACCAAUUGAAGUACCUACAGGCAUUGUACGAGAAGAUCCUCUACCAAUGGAGGUACUGGCAGACUUCAUUCGAGAGGACAAUAUGGUUCGAUGGAGCCAAGAACCCCAGCAGCGGCCGGUCCAAGUACCGACAGACUUCCUUCAAGAAGACAACAUGGUUCGAUGGAGUCAGGAACCCGAGCAAGGACUGGUCCAAGUACCCACAGACUUCAUUCGAGAAGACAGCAUGGUUCGAUGGAGCCAGGAACCCCAGCAGCGAUCGGUCCAAGAACCCCAGCAGCGACCAGUCCAAGUAUCCACAGACGUUAUGCGCGUUAUAG